GUAAUGCACCAAAUAGCCGCAAACAAACACGGUGACGAAGCACCGCAUUUAACAACCACAGAAGAAGACCUCAAAACAUGGCGUCUAAAGCAAGUCACAACUGUUCGCUUCUUCUUUAAAAAAAAAAGACCCACACAAAAGCGUAAAAAUACAACAAUUUCGUAAACGCAACCUUCGGUUUUGUCGCUACUUUUAACCUUACGUCCGCCCCGUACACAUUACUGUUGUCUUGUUCGUAAACAAGUCGUGCUUAAAUCAGCUUUCUAGCUAAACGAAGAGGGUAGAAAAAGCGUAAUCAUGUGCAAAGUCCAACAGCUGAGAGCGUUGGUGAAUCAACGGCUAGCUGCUGCCGUUCAGGAAAUAUUUGUAGCGUUCGAAAGAACCCUGGCAGAGUACGACGAGGAACUUUCUCGAACGAAAGAGGAGAUGGAGCGACAGCGCCAACUCCUGGACGCCGUUUUCCAUCCGGAAGUUCGUGUCCAAAACGCAGACGUUCUGCAGAGUCACGAGAUGAUCAGCUCAGUGGUGGAGCCCCCCCACGUGAAAGAGGAAGAGCAGGAAGUCGAUGUGGCAAAGAUCCACGUGAAGCGUGAAGAAGAUGACGGAGCGGAAGUGGAGUGGUCACAGCUUCGUCAAAGUGAGGAGGUAACGAGUUGUCACGGUCCCAUGAUACAUACGGGUGCCUCUGGGACUUUGGCAUUCCUCAACUCCUCCCAGAGCAGCCUGACGACGAAGGCGGGCGGCGGCGGCGGAAACAUGGACAUGCUCUCUAUCGUCCUCUACAUAAUGACCAUCCUGCUCGGCAUCCCAGGAAACGCCAUCGUGAUCUGGGUGGCAGGCAUCAAGCUCAAGCCGAACGUCCUCAACGUGUGGCUGGUCAACCUGGCCAUCGCCGACCAGAUCUUCUGCUUGACCCGGAUCUUCUCGCUGGUGAAGAAGCUCUUCCUGGACCACUGGCCUUUUGGCGUCUUCAUCUGCAAGUUCAACGGCUUCUUCAAGUACGCCAACAUGUUCGGCUCCGUCUUCCUGCUGGCCGUGAUCAGCGUGGACCGGGCGCUCUGCAUCUGGCGGCCGGUCUUCACCAGGCACCACCGCACGCUGUGGGCGGCCAGGGUUGUGGCCGUGUGCGUGUGGGCGGCCGCCGUCGUCUUCAGCUCGCCGUACUUCUUCUACCGCCAGGUCUACCCAGACGGCAAGAACCUGAGCAAGUGUUCGGUGGAGGAGGUGGGGAACAAAGACGCCAGAAUGGUUCUCUAUUUCAUACGCUUCCUGUGUGGCUUCCUGGUGCCCUUCCUGGUUAUCCUCAGCUGUUACUUCUUGGCCGCGCUGGGCCUUCGGCGCACCCGGCUUUCAGGGAAAACCCGUUCCCUGCGCAUACUGGCCAUGCUGGUCACGGCGUUCUUCCUGUGCUGGGCGCCAUACCACUUCCUGCUGCUGAUGAGGAUGAAGGAGAAGUCCAACCCCAUUGUGAAGUUCUGGCUGCCCGCAGCAAAGGCCGUGGCCUACUUCAACAGCUGCGUCAACCCGCUACUCUACUUCUGUGUGGGGCUCAAGACGAGGGGGCGGUCCAGGCAGUCCCUGGAAGGAGUGUACAGGAGCGCGUUGACCGAAGAUGUUGACGGACCGACAGUCCAAUCCAAAGAGGACCAAGUGGAACCGAGAGGCGUGUCCGAAUGCUGAAUACAACACACUUGUAAACAUUUUUAUACAUAACAAUUCUGCCGAACAAGCUAAAAAUAGUCAGAUUGCACAAAAGCAGUAUCACGUUCCUUCGCCAAUUUGAGGUUAACCUAAGGGGGUCUAAACUUUUCUCCAAUGAGGGCCCCACUCUGAAAUAUGAAAGCAAAUGACGGUUAUUUUGAUAUUCUUUAUUUUCUAAACCAUCCAUCCAUCCAUCGAUUUUCUAUCACUUGUCCCUCUCGGGAUCGCGAUUAAAAAAAUAUCAAAAAUUGAUUUUCCAGUAUGUAUAUGAUUAUACAGUAUAUAUAUAUAUAUAUAUAUAUAUAUAUAUAUAUAUAUAUAUAUAUAUACACACAUACAUACCCUUCGAUGAGCUGGCAACCUGUCUAGGGUGUACCCCGCCUUCCGCCCAAUUGUAGCUGAGAUAAGCACCAGCGCCCCCUGCGACCCCAAAGCGAAUAAGCGGUAGAAAAUGGAUGGAUAGAUGAAUAUACAUACAUAUAUAUUAUACAUACAUAUAUAUAUAUAUAUAUUUACAUAUAUAUUAUACAUAUAUACAUACAUAUAUGGAACUAUAUACAUACAUAUAUAUAUAAAUAUAUAAUAUACAUAUAUACA